AGACCUAGACCAAGUACAUUUGAUGAAUUAACACAAUUCCACACAGAUGAUUAUAUAAAUUUUUUGGAAAAAAUUACACCAGAUAAUAAGGACUAUUUUUUUAAAGAAUGUACUAAAUUCAAUGUUGGCGAAGAUUGUCCAGUGUUUAUGGGAUUACUUGAUUAUUGUAAAAUAGCAACAGGAGGAUCUUUAGAGGGUGCAGCAAGGUUAAAUUAUGGAUUAUGUGAUAUAGCUGUUAAUUGGGCAGGAGGAUUACAUCAUGCAAAAAAACAAGAAGCUAGUGGUUUUUGUUAUGUUAAUGAUAUAGUUAUCUCUAUUUUAGAAUUAUUACGGUUUCAUCAACGUGUACUCUAUAUAGAUAUUGACAUUCAUCAUGGAGAUGGUGUAGAAGAGGCAUUUUAUAAAACAGAUCGAGUGAUGACGCUGAGUUUUCAUAAUUAUGGAGAAUUUUUUCCAGGAACUGGAGAUGUCAAUGAUGUUGGUAUUGGCAAAGGAAAAUAUUAUGCAGUAAAUUUCCCUUUAAGAGAAGGGGUUGAUGAUGAAACAUAUAAAUUUGUGUUUGAGCCGGUUGUGGAAUAUGUAAUUGGAUGGUAUCAACCUUCAGUAAUUGUUUUACAAUGUGGAGCUGAUUCAUUAAGUGGUGAUCGGCUUGGUUGUUUCAAUUUAUCAUCCAAAGGGCAUGCACAUUGUGUACGAUUUGUAAAAAAGUUCAAUAUACCAAUGCUAAUAUUAGGAGGAGGUGGUUAUACUAUACGUAAUGUGUCUAGAGCUUGGGCAUAUGAAACUGGAGUGGUAGUUGGACAAGAAAUUGGACCAGAUAGAUCAAGGCAUACACCUAGUGUACCAUUACAAG